AUGGGUAGUGUCAUAAAGAGCACAUUAACACUCAUUUUAAGCGUGGAAUUCAUAAUUGGAAACUUAGGAAAUGGAUUCAUUGUAUUGGUGAACUGUGUUGACUGGAUCAAGAGAAGAAAGCUCUCUUUAGCUGAUCAAAUCCUCACUGCUUUGGCAAUCUCCAGAAUUGGUCUGCUUUGGUUAAUGAUCGUAAGUUGGUGUGUAUCUGUGUUUUAUCCAGCUUUGUUUGAGACUCAAGAAAUAUUAAGAACGCUUAAUGUUACCUGGACAGUGACCAACCAUUGUAGCAUCUGGCUUGCUACAAGCCUCAGCACCCUUUAUUUUCUCAAGAUAGCCAUGUUUUCCAAUUCUGUUUUUCUCUACCUAAAGUGGAGAAUUAAAAAGGUGAUUUUAGUGAUACUUCUUGUGGCCUUGGUCCUCUUGGUUUUUAAUAUUGCACUGACAAAUAUUCUUGUUAAUGCAUGGAUCAGUGGAUGCAGAAGAAAUAAGACUUGCAGCUCUGGUUCAAGUGACUAUGCACAAGUUACCAGUUCUCUUUUGUUAACCAACACUAUGUUCAUUUUCAUACCGUUUACUCUGACCCUGACAACUUUUCUCCUGCUAAUCUUCUCCCUGUGGAAGCAUCUCAAGAAGAUGAAGCACAGUGUCAACGGAUCCAGGGAUGCCAGCACCAAGGUCCACAUAAAAGCCAUGCAAACUAUAGUCGCCUUCCUCUUACUUUAUACCGUUUUCUUUCUAUCUUUUUUUCUACCAGUUUGGAGCUCUGAGUUACUAGACAAAAAUAUGAUUAUUAUGUUUUGCCAGGUUAUUGCAAUUGUUUACCCUUCAGGCCACUCAUGUGUCCUGAUUCUGGCAAACAAUAAACUGAGACAGACUUCUCUGUUGGUGCUGGGGUGCAGGUUCAAAGAUAGUGAGACCUCAGGCCAUGGACCUCUCACCGAAUCAUCUUAA